AUGGUGUACUAUGUUCGAUUCCUGAAAACCCCCAGGAUCCAGCAGCAGAAAGGGUCCCCUUACCUCUCUGCUCUUAUCUGCAUCACCACUGAUCUGGGAGACUCUUUUUUCGCCGAAGAUGUUGAUUUGAUAGUGAUAGCCCGAGACCAUUCCUCUCGGGUUUUGUUUGAGAAAAAAACAACAUGGAACGCCAGUAAUCGUGAACUUGCUAUUACCCUGGGGCCUCUUCCACCCAAUCUGGCUCAACAAUCUAUGGUGUUGACGGUUCAAGUGCCGAACCCACCAGGAUACUCUAUACCCCAAUAUCCCCCCAUACCAUUAGUGGUUGGUGCAACAAGUGCCCCCUUUGGGCCUCGAUCCGCGCCAGCGGAGAAGCUAGUUCAACGGCAGAUUCAAUACAGCGGCUGCGAAGCAUCUCCCAUACAAAUAUGGGAAGAGACAGGAAAUAGUAUUGCUCGACACAUAUGGGAUGCGGGCCUCGCAACAGUUACAUAUCUUCACAUGAUCUGUGAUAUAAAGACGACGACCCGUUAUGGCAGCAACAAAGGCACUGAACCUAAAAUACCAGCAUUGAAACGGGUCCUAUCCACCAACCGCACUCAGCCUCUUCAGGUAGUUGAGCUAGGGGCCGGAUGUGGGAUAGUGGGAAUUGCAUUGGCCACAAUGCUUCCCAACUGUUCGGUCAUACUCACGGACCUCCCUGAGGUUGAGGACAUCGUAACACGCAAUAUUAAUGCUGCCCAACUCGCAACCAUGUCCAGUCUUCAGUAUCAAAACCUCGACUGGGAUGACCCUCCGGAUGAGCUCUGCCCCCGACCCAUUGAGCUCAUUCUUGUCUCUGACUGUACCUACAACGCAGACAGCCUACCGGCGCUAGUCUCUGCGCUCGACCGAUUGGUUCAGACCUCCCCGAAGGCCAUCAUCUUGGUGGCUUUGAAGAGACGGCAUGACAGCGAAACGGUGUUUUUCGACUUGAUGACGUCGGCGGGGUUUAUGGCGGUGCAGGACAGCGUUGAGAUCCCCUCGCAACACGAUGAGGUGGAUGAGAUCGAAUUUUACUGCUACAGUCGACCAACCGGAGAAAGAUAG